AAAAACAAAAAACAAAAUAAAAAGAAAAAGAAAAAAUUAAAACGUAAACAGGAAACAACCGAUAACGAAAAGAAAGAAAGAAAGAAAUAAAAAAGCUUCCUGCUUGAAUCCCAAAACGAAAAACAGAUCUGCAACAAGGUCACUCCCAGCUGAUCUGAAUCUCUCUCUCUUGCCGAGUUUCUUUCGCCUGCUGAUUGGUUUCCGAGAAAAGCCGAUAAAUUUGAUCAUUAGACGAUUUGCCAAACCAAUCUGUCGUCUCGUAUUUCCACGCUGCUAAUCAAGAAUCCGCAUUCCCAGAUCUGAGUUAGGGGGGGUUUCAGUUGGGAUUUGAGAUGCUGACGAAAUUCGAGACCAAGAGUAAUCGGGUGAAAGGGCUGAGCUUUCACCCCAAGCGGCCAUGGAUCUUGGCCAGUCUCCACAGCGGUGUGAUCCAGCUCUGGGAUUACCGAAUGGGCACUCUCAUCGACCGUUUUGACGAGCACGAUGGCCCUGUACGUGGCGUCCAUUUCCACUCCUCUCAGCCGCUUUUCGUCUCCGGAGGGGAUGAUUACAAGAUCAAGGUAUGGAAUUACAAGUUGCAUAGGUGUUUGUUUACACUUCUUGGACACCUUGAUUACAUCCGAACCGUUCAAUUCCAUCAUGAGUACCCGUGGAUUGUUAGUGCGAGUGAUGACCAGACAAUUAGAAUAUGGAAUUGGCAGUCCCGAACUUGUAUUUCUGUGCUCACUGGACACAACCAUUACGUCAUGUGUGCCUUAUUCCAUCCAAAGGAGGAUCUUGUUGUCUCAGCAUCAUUGGAUCAAACUGUUCGUGUUUGGGAUAUUGGUGCCCUAAGGAAAAAGACGGUUGCCCCAGCAGAUGAUAUCAUGCGCUUGAGUCAGAUGAAUGCAGAUUUCUUUGGUGGAGUUGAUGCUGUUGUGAAGUAUGUUUUGGAAGGUCAUGAUCGGGGUGUGAAUUGGGCAUCAUUUCAUCCUACACUCCCUCUGAUCGUCUCUGGAGCAGACGAUCGACAAUUGAAACUUUGGCGGAUGAAUGAUACAAAGGCUUGGGAAGUGGACACUCUAAGGGGGCACAUGAACAAUGUAUCCUGUGUUCUAUUCCAUUCAAGGCAGGAUAUUAUUGUGUCCAAUUCCGAGGAUAGGAGUAUCCGAGUCUGGGAUGCAACAAAACGGACUGGUCUUCAGACAUUUCGUAGGGAGCAUGAUAGGUUCUGGAUUCUUUCAGCACAUCCUGAAAUGAACCUCUUGGCUGCUGGGCAUGAUAGUGGCAUGAUCGUCUUUAAAUUGGAGAGGGAGCGUCCUGCUUUUUCUGUUAGCGGUGAUUCCAUGUACUAUGUUAAAGAUCGUUUUCUCCGCUUCUAUGAGUUCUCCACCCAGAGAGACAGUCAAGUUAUCCCAAUUCGAAGGCCUGGUUCUUCCAACUUGAAUCAAGGGGCAAAAACACUAUCUUACAGCCCUACUGAAAAUGCUGUUUUGAUAGGUUCAGAUACGGAAGGGGGUUCUUAUGAACUAUACAUUAUACCCAAAGAUAGCUUUGGUCGGGGUGAUACUGUGCAGGAGGCAAAAAGAGGAAUCGGAGGCCCAGCUGUGUUCGUGGCUCGCAAUAGGUUUGCAGUGCUUGAAAAGAGCACCAACCAAGUUAUAGUUAAAAAUCUGAAAAAUGAGAUUGUCAAGAAGAGUGCCCUACCUAUUGUUGCUGAUGCAAUAUUUUAUGCUGGAACUGGAAACUUGCUCUGCAGGGCAGAGGACAGAGUCAUUAUUUUUGACCUGCAGCAGAGAAUUAUUGUUGGAGAGCUUCAAACUCCUUUUGUAAGGUAUAUUGUUUGGUCAAAUGACAUGGAGAGCAUUGCUUUACUUAGCAAACAUUCAAUUGUGAUAGCCAAUAAGAAGCUUGUGCAUCAGUGCACUCUCCAUGAGACAAUUCGUGUAAAGAGUGGAGCUUGGGAUGACAAUGGUGUCUUCAUAUAUACAACCUUGAAUCACAUCAAAUACUGCCUUCCUAAUGGGGAUAGUGGAAUCAUCAGGACCCUUGACAUUCCCGUGUAUAUAACAAAAGUGUAUGGAAACACCAUACAUUGCUUGGAUCGAGAUGGGAAGAACCGUGCCAUUGUUGUUGAUGCAACAGAAUAUGUUUUCAAGUUAUCCUUACUGAAGAAAAGGUAUGACCAGGUUAUGAGCAUGAUUAGGAGUUCUGAGCUCUGUGGCCAGGCCAUGAUUGCAUAUCUACAGCAGAAAGGUUUCCCUGAAGUUGCUCUUCAUUUUGUGAAGGAUGAGAGGACUCGCUUCAACUUGGCACUAGGGAGUGGGAACAUCCAGAUUGCUGUUGCUUCUGCCAAGGAAAUUGAUGAGAAAGAUCACUGGUAUCGAUUGGGAGUGGAGGCCCUACGUCAGGGUAAUGCAGGCAUUGUAGAAUAUGCGUAUCAGAGGACAAAGAAUUUUGAGAGGCUAUCAUUCCUAUAUCUUGUGACUGGAAACUUGGAUAAAUUGUCCAAAAUGCUGAAAAUUGCUGAAGUGAAGAAUGAUGUGAUGGGUCAGUUCCACAAUGCUUUGUAUUUGGGUGAUAUCAGAGAACGUGUUAAGAUCUUGGAGAAUGCGGGUCAUUUACCUCUUGCUUAUAGCACAGCUGUAAUCCAUGGGCUCCAUGAUAUUGCUGAACGUUUGGCAGCUGAACUGGGAGAUAAUGUUCCUGUUUUACCCAAGGGGAAAUCUCCCUCUCUUUUGAUACCUCCAACGCCAAUCAUCUGCGGUGGAGAUUGGCCCUUGUUGAGGGUCAUGAGAGGAAUAUUUGAGGGUGGUCUUGAUAAUGUGGGGAAGAAUGUUGAGGAAGAGUAUGAAGAGGCUACAGAUGCUGAUUGGGGAGAGGAUUUGGAUAUUGUUGACGUGGACAAGAUUCCAAAUGGAGACAUCAGUGCAGUGCUGGAUGAUGAGGAAGCACACGAGGAAAAUGAGGAGGAAGGAUGGGAUCUUGAAGAUCUUGAACUUCCACCUGAGAUUGAUACUCCAAAAACUGCCAGCAACGCCCGUUCUUCUGUGUUUGUUGCCCCAACUCCUGGUAUGCCUGUAAGUCAAAUCUGGUCCCAGAAAUCAUCUCUGGCUGCUGAACAUGCUGCAGCCGGGAAUUUCGAUAUUGCAAUGCGUUUGUUGAGCAGGCAGCUGGGUAUAAAAAACUUUGAUCCCUUAAGACAAUUAUUUCUCGAUUUACACAUGGGCAGUCAUACGUAUCUACGUGCCUUCUCGACAGCUCCUGUGCUUACCGUGGCCAUUGAGAGGGGAUGGAGUGAAUCAGCUACUCCUAAUGUUAGGGGUCCUCCUGCUCUUGUAUUUAAAUUCUCUGAGCUAGAAGAGAAGCUUAAGGUGGGUUACAAGACCACAACCCAAGGGAAAUUUGCUGAUGCUUUACGUCUUUUCCUUGGUAUUCUGCAUACUAUUCCUCUGAUUGUAGUUGAUUCAAGGAGAGAGGUUGAUGAAGUAAAAGAAUUGAUAAUCAUUGUAAAGGAGUAUGUUCUGGGUUUGAAGAUGGAGAUUAAGAGGAAGGAACUUAAAGGCGAUCCGGUUCGCCAACAGGAGCUGGCAGCUUACUUCACCCACUGCAACCUUCAGAUCCCUCACUUGAGGCUAGCAUUACUAAAUGCCAUGAGUGUUUGCUAUAAGGCUGGUAAUCUCAACACGGCAGCUAACUUUGCCAGGCGACUUUUGGAGACCAACCCCAGCGUUGAAAACCAUGCAAAGACCGCAAGACAAAUCCUGCAAGCUGCCGAAAAGAACAUGACUGAUGCAACCCAGCUAAACUAUGACUUCAGAAACCCAUUUGUGGUUUGUGGGGGAACAUACGUGCCUAUUUACCGUGGACAGAAGGAUGUGUCAUGCCCGUACUGCAGCUCUCGGUUUGUUCCUGACCAUGAAGGAAAGAUCUGUACUGUUUGUGAUCUUGCAGUGGUUGGAUCAGAUGCAUCUGGUUUGCUCUGUUCUCCUACCCAGAUAAGAUGAUCUCCUGUUUCAACCUUCACGUACGACAAUGGUUAUGUUAGUUUUCUCGUCUCCUUGAGCAGGGUUUAUAUUUUAAAGAACGCAAUUUGAUUAGGUUGUGCUUCUCUUGUAUUUCUAUUUCAAAUUUUAUUGCAAGGUUCGUGAUCAUGAUUUUCACUGUAAUGAACAGGUUGAGCAUUUUGGUCUAGGUGAUUCUUGUGACUUCCGAGAAUAAACAAAUUAGAUUGAGUUGUCAAAAUUACUUGCUUUUCCUGAGAUUUGUAGCUUUGAAAUUCCAUAUGUUGUAGACACCAUUUUCGUGUUAGAACUCGUUUGUGAAUUCCACCGAAGAAAUGUCAAUCUGUUAAUUAUAUUCGAA